AUAUUGUUUAAGUCAUUCAAAUCGAGCGAUGAAAUUCGGUCAACUUAUUGUUAUUCUCACUAGUAUCUUAGUGAGCGUUAUCGUAGUAAGCGGUGCCAGAACACACAAUGAACCUGAACCUUUGGUGGAAACGAAAUUGGGCAAAGCAAAAGGUUCAAUCUUAAAGACAGUCCGCGGGGUUGAAUUCAAAGCUUUUCGAGGAAUUCGCUAUGCACAAGCACCCGUUGUUGAUAAAAGAUUUAAAGCCCCAGAGAGUGUUAAUAGUUGGGGUAAAAAUACUCUGGAUGCUACCAAAGAUGGUUUUAAAUGCCCUCAACCAUUUCUAGCAAAGGAAACUAUGUCCGAAGAUUGUUUAUUUUUGAAUGUAUAUACAAAAAGUUUAACUGGCAAAAAGCCAGUUAUCGUUCAUAUCCAUGGCGGUGCUAAUUAUUUCGGAAGUAGUGAUAGUGAAACCGAAGUUGGUCCCGAAUACUUGAUGGACUCCAAUAUUGUUUUAGUGACAAUUAAUUACAGACUUGGAGCUUUAGGUUUUCUUAGUAUGAAAACUAAAGAAGCUCCUGGAAACUAUGGUUACCUUGAUCAAGUAAUGGCUUUACAAUGGGUUAAGGAUAAUAUUGUAAGCUUUGGUGGAAAUCCAGACUCAGUUACAAUAUCUGGCCAAAGUUCAGGAGGAAUAGCUGUUACUCUUCAUAUGGCUUCACCGCUUUCAAAAGGAUUAUUUCAUAGAGCUAUAACUAUGAGUGGAUCUGGUACUAAUCAUUUUUAUGUGGAUAGUGUUGCUUGGACCCGAAGACUUGCCACAGCUUUAGCUUGUCCAAUGUAUAAUCCCAAAGAUGUAAUAGAUUGUUUAAGGCAAGCUUCAUGGGAAAAGAUAAUUGAAGUUCGUGGAAUUUUGGAGUUAUAUGGAUUCAGUGAUAUACAAUGGGGUCCUGAAGUAGAUGGACAUUUUCUUCUUGAUACACCAACAAAUGUUUUUGCCAGAGGGGAUUUCAACAAAGUUGAUAUAAUUGCUGGGAUAACAAAAGAUGAACUUAAUUAUUUAUAUGAAAGUCAAUCAUCCAAUAUUGGUCUUUUGAAUGAUAUUAGUAUUAAUUUUGACAAAUAUGCUCCACAACUUUUCAUUUUUAAUUCCAAGGACGAAAAUACGAUAGAAAAAAGCGAUAAAAUCAAGAAAUUUUAUUUGAAGAAUAAACCAAUUAAAGAUCAAGCCUUUAGUAAUUUUGCAGUAAUUUUUUCGGAUGCUAUAAUCAAUCAUGGUGUUCAUAGGCUAGUUCAGUUAGCUCGAAAAUAUGUUAAUGUUUUCUACUAUCGAUUUGAUUAUCUUGGAAGGUUUAGCAUUUUUCCUGAUGAAAAUAAUAAACCUAGAGGUGUUAGUCAUGCUGAUGAUCUUCAAUAUAUUUUCGGAAAUAAAUGGUUUGGUAAAAGAAUAAGUCAAGCAGAUCCAGAAAUGUUUAUGGUUGAUCGAAUGACGAAAUGGUGGACGAGUUUUGCAAAGGAUGGAUUUCCAUGCACUGAAAAUGAUAUAAAGUGGUUGCCGUCAAACAAGACACAUGUUUAUACAAUGUUUAAUGAUAAGAGUAUCCACCUUGGACCUGAGCCAUAUCAGGAAAGAUAUCAGCUGUGGGAUGAAAUGUUUCCAGUUAAAAAAUAAAUAAUUUAACCUGUUUUAAACAUUUAAAAAAAAAUGUGUAUGCAAUUUUGAAGAAAAU